GCAGGAUUAUCCUGUGGGUCGUUGGAGAGCAUGGUCUACUGUAAUUGGAGCAUGGAUGAUCCUAUCGUGCUCUGUUGGUAUGACAUCAGCCUUCGGUGUCUUCCAGGACUACUAUACUUCCACAUACAUGCCCAACUCCUCUGCCUCCGCCAUCAGCUGGAUCGGAGGGGUUCAGAUCUUCCUCGAGUUGAUAUUAGGCCCAAUUGGUGGAUGGCUGAAUGACCACGGUUACAUUCGAGCCGCCAAUAUCGCCGGCUGUUCGUUGUUCACAUUGAGCUUCUUUCUACUCUCACUCGCAGAACCUGGCAAGUACUACCAGGUCUUCCUCGCACAAGGCAUCGGUAUGGGAGCAGGUAUCGGCAUCCUGUACAUCCCCGCCUCAACAGUAGUGUUCCAUCACUUCCAUACACGAAGGGCAUUAGCGACUGGUCUGGUCGAUUCAGGGACUGCCAUUGGAGGAAUAUUUCUCUCGAUCAUGUUGAACUCCCUCAUACACAGCUCGGUCGGAUUCGCGUGGGCUGUGCGGAUCUGCGCUUUCGUGACUCUCUUCUUCUUCAUUGUUGGAAAUCUCCUCGUCUUCGUCCCAUCCACACUGCCUCAAUCUCCCGCUGCCCCAACAUCCAACGAAAAGUCCACCUCGACAUCAGAAAUGGAGACUUCCCAAAAGCACUCGAUUCGAUCAGAUCUGCCAUACAUCCUCCUCCUGAUCUGGGGCUUCGUUGCAUCCCUCGGAAUGUACUUCCCCGCUUUCUACAUCCAACUGUUUGCGCGCACGCACGGCCUCGAGGCCAAUUUAUCGUUCUACUCGCUUGCGAUCAUGAACGCGGCUAGUGUGUUCGGGAGGGUCUUGCCAAACUGGGCGGCGGAUAAGUGGGGGAAGCUAGAAGUAUUCGUGCCGUGUGCGACCCUGGGAGGUCUUGUGGGCUUUGCGAUGUUGGGAAGUACAACAUCUGCUGGACUUGUGAUCUUCGUUAUCCUUUAUGGCUUUUUCUUCGGAGCCAGCGUGGCCCUCUAUCUACCAAGUAUCGACCUUCUCACUCCUCCUUCUCUUCGCGACAAGAACGGGAUGCGGAUGGGAAUGGCUAUUGUACCCGUGGGCAUUGCUUGUCUUGUCGGUCCUCCAAUAUGUGGCGCCAUCUUGGGCGCAGAUUAUGUGUGGUGGAGGGGCAUUGUGUUUGCAUCCAAGCACCCGCCGAGAGUCACAGCCUAG